CGGGCUUGCCAUAAACCGGCUCUGGUGCGCCUGCGCGGAUUUCCUCCUGUUUAAGAAUCGUCUCAUACAGUAAUUGGAAGCGCUGUGAUUUUGGCAUGAUGGAGGCGCACAACCUCAGCUGUGCCAUCUGCUUGGACCGGUUUAAGUACCCGGCGACGAUCCCCUGCGGCCACACCUUCUGCCGGGACUGCAUUUCCAAGUACUGGGAUCAGCGGGAGAAAGCAGGACCUCAGAGUGCUGAAUUUAACUGUCCGGUGUGUAACGAGAAGUUCCCCAGCAGACCCACGCUGAAGCGGAACGUGUCCCUGUCUAUGCUGACUGAAGCUACGGCGAACAGUGCUGUGCUGAAAGAUGACGGAGCUUCCUGUAGAGGAGACUCAGCCGGAUCAGAGCAGCUCUGUGGGCGCCAUCAGAAGCCCCUGGUCAUGUUCUGCAGGAACGAUGGCAUGUGUGUGUGUUGUGCGUGUGCUGUGAACGAGUGCAAAAACCACGACAAGGUCCUGGUGGAGGAGGAGAGGAAGAACCGAGAGGCCGGGCUGAGAAAGAAGGGAAUGGAGAUGAGGAAGUGCAGAGAGGAGACAGAGCGGAACAUUAUGGAGCUCAGUGAGAACAUCGCUAAAGCCAAGGUGUCGCUGCAGCAGACAUCUCAGUGGGUGAAUGCGAAGUUUUCACAGCUGCUGAAGGUUCUGGUGGAGAAGCAGGAGCUGACCCAGCGGUUUGUGGAUCAGCAGCAGGAGACGGCCCUGUGCCAGGCUGAAGCUCAGCUCGGUGAGCUGCAGGAGAAAGCUCAGCAGCUUCUGGAGCAGGAGGAGCAGAUCAGCAGCCUCUGCACUCUCAGUGACUACCAGCUCAUACAGGACUCCAGGCUGGUGGAGGUUCCCCAGAUGGGCGAAGUUCCUGUAGAUGUCAAUGUGAACAUUCUAGAGAAGCUCAAUCCCGUCACAGAUGUCCUGUCUCGCGUGUCUAAGCUAGUGUGUGAGGACCUCGACAAAGCUGUAUAUGCAGUGGUCGGCCACGACAAGGAAGGUUCUCCUCAGGACAAAAGACCGGUGCUUGCUGUGGUUCCUAGUCCUGCCACUCCGUCCUAUCCAGCAGGAAAGGAAGGCCUAAGUGCAUACCAUUGCUCUCUGACGUUUGACCCUCGGACCGCCAACGCCCACCUCCUCCUCUCCCAGAGCAAUCGCCGGGCGGAACACUUGCCCUCCGGCCCGCGACCCGUCCCGGCCCACGAGGCUCGCUUUGACCACACCUGGCAGGUGCUGUGUUUUGAGAACUUCACCCACGGCCGCCACUACUGGGAGCUGGAGGUGUCCAAGCCGUGGGCGUACGUCGGGGUGACGUACCAGGCCAUCCCGCGCAAGGAGAAGGGCAAGACGUGCAUGCUGGGAAUGAACGAGCUGUCAUGGAGUCUGCAGCUGGACGAGCGGCAGCUGAGCGCCUGGCACGCCGGCCGCAGGGAGUCAGUGGCAGCGCAGCUGCAGGUUCACACGCAGCCCCUGCGCAUCGGCAUGCUGCUGGACUACGAGGGCGGGACUCUGACUUAUUACGGGGAGGGUCAGGUGCGGCUACACGCCUUUCACUGCGUGUUUUCUCAGGAGCUGUUUCCCGCCUGCUGGAUCGGGGAGGGGGUCAGUGUGACUCUCUGCCCGCCGUGAGUCUGAACUGCUGUAGCACCGAAGCACAAAAUGCAGAAGAUAAAGUCUUAAAAAUAAGGGGCUUCAGAUGGUUCCCUGAGGGACGUCAUAGAAAAGGCCAUAGAAAAUCCUCACCUUGCACAAAUGUUCUGUUCCUGGAUCUGAUCCUUGUUAUCCUUGGUAGGUGUGACACUACAUAGCCAAUCAAUUACAUGAGCUGUUCCCAUAAUUUCCAUUGACUUACAAGUCCAGUCCUGGAAACUGGAUUUAUGGUUCACAUUUGGCACUGUGGACUAUAGAAGAGCUGUGUUCCUAAUGCAAGAUCUUAAUAAUAAUAAUUUGGUUCAAAAUAAAACCAAAACUGAUUUCUCUACAAUACAAACCAAAGUUUUAGAACACUCCCAUUUUUCUAGCUUACAUUGACAUUCAACUGAAAUGGAACCUGAAAAUACAUGUAGAGCAUCAGAACUAUACCUAGUUGGGAGUGCAGAAACAAAGACAGGAGGAAAGGCAGGUAAAGUCUAGGCUUGGUCACUGGGUUUCAGCUUAAAAAGCUCUCAAUCACAGAGUUAAAGAAGUAAAAUCAACACAGGUAUAAAGACUACACUCCAAUUGUUCACUACAUGCCCAAAAGUAUUAUUUCUACCAAAACCAGUGUUAUUAAAAAGAGUUUAUCCUGCUUGUCAUUUCUGGUCAAGCAUUGCUUUGAGGAUUUGAUUGCAUUCAGCCACAUGAGCAGCAUUAGGGAAGUCAAAGAAGCACCAACCAAACUCAGAAUUGCUGGAUGGAGCUCCAUUAUUCCAGAACACAGUUCCACUGCUGCACAGCUCAGAGCUUGGGUUAAUAGAAAUAGUGUUUAUCUGCUCCAGAGAGUCCUAUUCUAUUGGCAGUACUUCUCUGCUGGAACUUCACAAGCUGUGAGUAUCAUCUUUUGUCAGCAAUCAGUGCAGUUUAAAGUAAAUUAGUCAAAUGCAGCAUUCUUUAGAAAGGAUGUCCACAAACAUUUGGACAUAUAGUGUACUGUUCCUUCUGUUCCAGUGGUUUUGCUUCUGAAACCACCGUCAUCAUCGAACUGGAAUCUUUGUGUAUCCUAUUUUGUCUGUUAGUUUCACUGGUUUAUAAUGAUUGAGGGCAGUUAAAGUUGUACAGUAGAAAAUGUAUUAAUGUGUAUUUUUUUUCUGAGCCAAAAUAUUUGUAUAAAUAUUCUUCAAUCUGUCGUAUGUAAUUAGAACUGUAAAGAGAAUCAAGGUAUUUUUAAAAAUGUAAAGUUGUUUUAGACCUAAAAACAUGUAUUGUUACACUUCUGGGAGCAAAGUUCACAAUAAUAUAGUGUAUAUAAUAUGGGUCACUAGAAGCUGUUUACACCUUGCAAUACUGUGCGUUUUUCUUAUUCAUAUUCAGAUAUUUAUAUAUAUAUAUAUAUAUAUAUAUAUUCAUAUUUGUGUGUAUAUAUAUAUAUAAAUAACAUGGAAGUAGUAAUGUGUCCCAUGGCCUAUGGAAACUGACAGUUUUUUUCUCAUGGUACGUUCUAGCCAAACGCCGCCAGUUACAGUUAUUGCCUACAUGAUGCUUAUCAACUAACACAGGUAGGGACUGAUAAACUAAUAGGAACUCAUUAUAAAGUUAUUUCUUACUAGUUCCUAUUAGAUUUCCCAUCAAGCUGGAAUGGCAGAUGUGAUUAAAGGAUUUUAAAAGACAGGUGGAAGCUGAUGAUUCACAGGUGAAGGUGACGUAGCAUUAAAGUCUCACUCCAUUUCAGAAAAGACGUAGGUCAGUGCAAGGUGUAAACAGCCUUGUUGGGCUAAACGUAAUCUAGGAUUAGGAAACUGGCCUGUAAUGUGUAAUGUAAACACAGCCUUUGGUUUAUUAAAAGCAGAGAAAUGAAGAGACUGCAGGGCGGUGGAUUCACUGUUGAGAAGCCCAGCUCUGAUCGCUGUAGUGCUGAAGUAUACUGGGAUCUGAGCCAGUGGACAAUGCUCUGGUCCUGGAGUCGCCAAAAUCUAAAGACUUUCACUUUUGAGAGACAAAUGGAGGAUUUGUACUGCAGACUCCAGAACCUUCAGGAUCAUGAUGUUGAGGAUUACAGUUCAGAAGCUGCAUGAUAUGAGCAUCAUCUUACUUUCUGAACCAUCCUAUGAUGUUUUCAAGCACAAGACUGUUGAUAAAGUGAAAUGCUCUAAUGUCUGCUGUUGUGAAAAUGUUGAGACAUUGCACUUUUUUUUCUGUUGUUUUUAGUCCCUUCUCCAAAACUCAAAGGAAAAUGUACUUGUAAGACUUGUA